AUGUUAUUCACUCAAAGCAAAAACGCAACAGCCUCGCAUCAUUCAAUGAUGACGACAUCAAGUGACAUUAAUCCGAGAUCCAAAAUAUCUAUGAUCACACCAACAAGACCCUCCUCGAAGACCGAUCUAUCUUCUUCCAAUACUCUGACUAACUCUUCCAAUACUUCGUUACUCACUCUCACAACAACAAUCUCAUUCGACUCAAAGACAAGUGUCGUUUCAAACCCGCCACAAAAGCCUUCAAAACUUCCUCCCUUACAACUCUCGCAAAUUCACUCGAACUCUUCCUCAUCCACAAACUCCAUAACGGCAACAGCAUCAUCUUUUGAAAACACCACCAUCAAUGAACCACCACCACCCUCCACUCCACGUGUGAUCAACAUUGACAAGUACUUUUCCUUAUCUCAGUACAUUCACGACCAAGAAGCCUCCCAAGUCUUUCAUCAAUUUCUGAAAAAGAAACGCAACGAAGAAAGUUUGGAAUUCCUCUUGGAAUUAAAUGAAUUGAAAAAGAUCCCACCUUCUCACACCCAAUCCAUUGAAGAGAGUUUGCAACGGAUUCGAAAGCAAUACCUCGUGAGUGGAGCUGUGAGUGAAUUGAAUGUGAGUCGUGCUGCAAAAGUACAUGCCUUGGAGAGAAUCGAUCGAUAUUUAGUGCAUCAGCUAAAUUCUUCUUCAUCAAUUCCAUUGGGACAUGCCAUCAAGAUCAAUCAUAACAAUAACGCACUCUGGAAUUCCUCUCCUUCCUCAUCGCCACACUCACUCUUCAUGCUCUCUCCUUCCUCAUCGAAUCUUGAUGAUGAGAGUUUGAUGUGUAUGGAUCCAAACCAUGCUGGAAGUGGACUCAGCAGCAGCGGUUCUGGUACUCUUCUCGUCGCAAGUUCUUCUUCUUCUACUCCACCAAGGAUGACCAUGAAUCCGAGUUCCUUCUCUUCCUCCUCAUCCUCCUUGAGCUCCUCUCCAACAAUGAGUAACAUCCUGAUCUUACAAGAUCCUAACCGACCCUACCACAACAACAAUUUUGACACUACAACAUCGGCUAUUUCAUCUCAAACCUCUCGCUUGACUGAUUCUUUUUCCAUUCCAACAACAUUGGCCACCAAUUCUCUUUGGAAUGCUUCUCAUUGUUUUAAAGAACUUGAAUUGGAGGUUCGUUUGCAAUUACAAAAUGAAUCCUUUAAGGAAUUUAAAGCAUCGGAUGAGUUUGAACAUUUUGUUUUGACCAAAGUCAUUGAGCAGAGUAUGAAUCAUCAGCCUCCAGCGUAUCCCUCUUCCUACGUAGCGGAAACAGAUUCAUUAUCCUCUUCGCCCUCAUCCAGUAGUGGAAACAUGAGCUCCUCUCCAACCUCGAACAACUACUCUUCCAAUAGAAAUCCUUCCACAACAAGCAGUAGUGCUGGAUUUUUUGCAAAACUAUUCAAACGUAAAGAAGGCAAAAAUAAUUCCAAUCUUGGAGAACACUCACCGACCAACAACAUCACUCUGAUUGCGGGCUCUUAUUCACCACAAACUACUUCCUCCUCCAACACCUCUCGAAGCAGUGGGGAUUCAUGGAAUUCAGCCUUAUUCGAGGGUGGUCAACCGGUACAAGAGGAUUUGCAAUCUUUGGAAUUUAUGGAGAAUGUUCCUUUGAGAAGAUGGACCACACAACAAACCAUUGCCUUCUUUCAAUUUAAAUUGGAAUUGCCUGAAUAUACGGAUCAAAUUAAAAAGCAUGAAAUUAAGGGAAUGGAUUUACGAGUGUUGAAAAAGGAAAAUGAUCAUCGAUCCGGAAACAAUUCAUUAUUGGAAUCAACAUCCUCGAUGAACAAUAGCUCACCAAUCAUUCCAUCGUCCUCUUCCUUUUCCUCUUCUUACGCAUUAUCAUCCUCGCCAACCAAUAACCUUUCUCAACAAGAAGCGGAUGAACAUCAUCUCAUUCAGCAAAAGAAAAUCGAUCAACUCUACAAAAAGUUGAAAAUGGCCAAACUCGGACACAAGAAAAAGUUAAUGAGAGAAGUGAAUGAAGUUUUGACAAAAUAUUACAAGCAACAGCAAUUGAAUUUGCAACAAUCACAACAGCAGAGUCAACAACAAGCACAGAGAAUGUCUCCUUCUUCUUCUUCACUAUCAUCAUUAUCACCUCAAUUAACAGACCAAUACCCUCAGAGAGCAAAAAGAUCUCUUUCACAACCUCAAGAACUUGUUGCAAAAACAGGUCAUUCAGAGACUGAUUCUCUGAAUCCACAGUGCACAGUGAUCAUCAAACUGACCAUUCUUCCACUCAAUCAAAAAAGAGUCUUUACAGUGAAAAGUCACAUCACAAUGGAUCAAUUGAAACAGUGCAUUCUGAAAGAGAUUUCAGAUCUUUUAGAGAUGAGAGGCAUUGAUAAAUCCAGUUAUGGUUCCUUCUUUGAGCAUCGAUCAAUACUUUCGAAUAAGGAUGAAGUGAUUCAAUCAAACGAGGAAUUGAGAGAAUUCCUUUCUCAGAAAUUUAUGACCUCCGAGAUUCCGAGAGGUGGAAAACCAACAACACACGUCUAUCCAAUGACAAGUCCAUUUGCACACAUUAAAAUUGAGAUUUAA